UCCGCGUGAACGUCAUUGACGCACCAACCUGCCAUCGCGCGACCUGAUUCGCCGUGGAAGGAGCUGCGGGGCCAGUCCUCAGCACAGGCAACCAAGCAAGCUUGUACAUACACUCUUCUACUCCUCUUUCUCGCACACCACUCUCCUCCUCUUCCCCCAUCACACAUUGUGUUGCAUCUCGACAUUACUCACCGGGAAGCACUGCCAACAUGAUUGACCCCGUUCAAGCAUUCGCCAUGGCCACGGGCACCAUCCCGUUGGGCAAGCCGAGCGUGUCGCCGGUUCCAUCCGUGGUCCCAAGCCUUCCAGAAUACCAGACCGCCAGCGAGACUGGCGAGCGAACCCUCUGGGUCGUGUUCGUGGUCAUGCUGGUUGCAUCGAUCGUCUUCUCUGGCAUGGCAUGGAAUGUCCCAAUGGGCAAGCGCCUUUACCACGUGGUGACGACUGUCAUCACAAUCACUGCCUCUCUGUCCUACUUCGCCAUGGCCACUGGACACGGCGUCAGCUACCACCACGUUGUUGUCCGCGAGUCUCACAAGCACGUCCCAGACACCAAGACCGACCUCUACCGCCAGGUCUACUUUGCUCGCUACAUUGACUGGGCCAUUACCACCCCACUGUUGCUCCUUGAUCUUGCUCUCCUCGCUGGCAUGAACGGUGGCUCCAUUACCAUCACCAUCCUCGCCGAUCUCGUCAUGAUCUUGACCGGUCUCUUCGCAGCCUACGGAGCUGAGGGCACUCCACAGAAGUGGGGCUGGUACGCCAUUGCCUGCAUUGCUUACUUGGUCGUCAUCUGGCAGCUUGUCCUGUACGGUCGCCCAGCUGCCGCCGCCAAGGGUGGCAAGGUUGGCAACUUCUUUGCUGCUAUCGGAGGCUUCACUCUCAUCAUCUGGACCGUCUACCCAAUCGUCUGGGGCAUUGCUGACGGCAGCCGCAACCUGAACGUUGAUGAGGAAAUCAUCGCGUACGCUGUUCUCGACAUUCUGGCCAAGCCUGUGUUUGGAGCCUGGUUGUUGUUCACCCACGCUAGUGCACCAGAGACCAACGUCGAUAUUGGUGGCUUCUGGUCUCACGGCCUCUCCGGCGAGGGCCGCAUCCGCGUUGGUGAUGACGAUGAGGGUGCUUAGAUGCUUCCACGAUCACGUCUCAACACUGCUUGAUACUGCAGAAGGCGAUCACAGCAUAUCGAGAUCUGAGACAACAGUGCUGAGGGGAAAAUACCCACGACAAAAAGAAUGCAAAGCUUUCACGAAACGAGAAAAAUGCUACGAGCAUGAUACGGUCGGCAUUUCACCGGGUUUGCGGAUUGAUACCAUUCAGGCGAAAGUCAUGUGGUCGUGCAGCUCGACCAGAGCUGCUCGGCCUUUGUAUCAUACUAGUUAAUGCAUAAUCUGGCGUCGGCGAGCUGCGGUCUCUCGUUGCUCUCUCACUCAUGAACG